UGCUUGUUGAUAACAUCGCAUGAUUUGUUUGUAUGCACUGAUUGUUAAUUAUAUAUUUUGCUUCAAGAUUGCUUUAUUUGUAAACAAAAAAGCUGUGCCGGAAGCUCAAACUCAAAGCAAUGGGGGCUGAAGGCAGUUGGUCUACAAAGGAACAGUUAGCAAUAGCUUCGUACGUUCUUCGUAGUGGAGAGCAGCAAUGGUUGGGUGUUGGACGAUUACUGGAGCAGUUCGCUGAACCCGGAAAAACCUGCGAAUGGUUCAGACCUGAGAAAUGCGCAGAGCAAUACAAUGCUUUGCUACAAAAGUUUGGGGAAGUUAACAACAACACUGCAGCAUUUGCCAAAUCACCGGAAGAGAUUAUAGUAUCUCGACUUACAGAUCUUAGAAUCGAUGAAUUGAAUACACAGCUUCUGAGAGAGGACAAUGAAUACUUGGAACUUGAAAAGCAAAUUCAACUUCUUGAUUCGGGCGCGCUUGACGACAAGCUAGACAAUUUACUGAAUGAUUACGAAAAUAGUCUAAAUGACUCCGAUGUCCUGAAAGAGGAGAACGAAAGUGGUCAGGUUAAUACGGAUUUUGUUAAUAAUACAGAUGCUGAAACAGUUGAUCAGGAGAUUGCGGAAGAAGUACGUCUUCAAAUUGAAAAGUUACAGGAGUCUUCUCCAACGCAACUUGAAAGCGAAGCUCUGGAAUUAACUAAGGAUUCAUAUGUAAUCGAACAUGAAAGCAAAUUCAAUGAAAACAGUGAGAAUGUGAUAUUUGAAGAAGAUGCUGUAUCAUCAGAAAGUACUCUGGUUGACAGCUGUGAAUCAAGUUGCGACUCUAAAGGUACACCGGUAUUUGGUGAUGCAGGUAUUCCAAUCGAAAACAAGCCGAAUAUGAUUGAUUCAGGAGAGCCAGUGAUUGAAUAUACCGAAACCAGAGCAGAGAAGGUCGCAAAAAAGAAAGAUGCUCCGACAAGUGAUGCCGAAGAAUAUGAGGUUAGAAACAAAAACACGACUGAUAAUAAGGACAACGCAAAAGCAGUUUUUACAGUGGAAUCGAUUGAUAUAAAUUUAACUGUAGGAUUGGAAAAAUCACGCAGCAGUUUAGUCGAUGGCGUGACGAACGAUGAUCAAAGUGCCGACCCCAACUCCGCGAUUGAUGAUUUUUCGUAUGCGGAAUUGAUCGAAGAAAAUGAAUCAAUUUGUAAUGAAGUACCAGACGACAUGGAAGUAGAUCAACAGAGUAAGACAGAACCAGAGAAAUCUUCAGCUAAGCCGACAGAAACUGUCGCGGCUGCAUCCGAUACAGAUGUCACGGAAGCUUAUCGUGACAUCGAAUACGAUGCCGAUGAAAGCGCCAACUGGAAAGCCUGGAAAAAGUCGAUUAUGAUAUUAUGGAAAGAGAUUGUUAGUCACAGAUACGCGAGUUUGUUUAUGCAACCGGUUACAGACGACAUUGCACCUAAUUAUUCAACCACUGUUUAUAGAACCACAGAUUUAUCCACCAUCAAAAAGAACAUCGAAAUCGGUAUUAUUCAGACUACCAGUGAAUUCCAACGUGACCUAAUGCUUAUGUUCCAAAACGCGAUAAUGUACAAUAAUAAAGAGCACGACGUGUACAAAAUGGCCACUGAGAUGCAGAUGGACGUCAUGGACCAGGUGGCUCAAUUUCUAGCCACUCAAAUCAUGGUCGAUACCGAGCCUAAAAAGAGUGGUCGAAGACAUUCAAAAGUUAUACCACCUGGCGACCACGUUUUCGCAACAUCUGACAUGCUUCUCUCAGUUCUUGUCGGAGAAGCAAGAUCUAAACGUGUUGCAGCAAUCGAAGGCGAGGCAAGGUUUAUGCGCAAGAAGCAACCAUCGCACGAGACGUGAACCUGCCAUUUUCGAAAUAAAUACACUUUUCCAUUCAAGCAAACAAUAAACUCGGUCGACACUUAACUGCUAGUAUUUCACUUUCAUGGCUAUUCAACUUAUUUUUUCCAAUGCUUUCGUUUUUCCUCUAGUAUUAGAUUUGUGAUUCUGAGAACCUCACUUUCCGAAUCCUUCUUAUGAAUUUUUGCUAGUUCAUUUAAUUACGUACAUCCGAAACAGAUAGACAAUGAGCCAAAGACGAUCUUUAUCUGUCGAUCCCCGCCAUAUUAGUUGAAUUGAAAUGCAAAAAAAUGGCAUGUUUGGUCUUCAAAUCUAUAAUUGUCAAGUGUAAACGCACCAGACGGUGGUGCGAACCAACAACUGAGCUUGAUAGCGCGUACAGGGUCAGAAUUAAUAUACUGUUAUUAGCAAAUGUGAUGCAAGCAAGCAUAUGAAAUAUGUAUCUUAGCAAAACGGAUUUUCCUAGCAAAAGUUACAAACUGUCGAAGAAGACAUGGAGAUCUGUUCACGACUCCAUUCGGAUCAUACAUCAUAAAAAAGCGAGAAAAUUGUUGUACAAUUGUAAAAAAAA